AUGAAUACAGCCCAUAAGGCGAAAGCUAUUAAGGCCAAAGUAUUCAUUGUUUUUUUAACAAAAUUUCCCUUUCCGACUUUUCUUACAGAAAUUCUCAACUGGUUCAUUGAAUUACGCAAAAAAUAUGGUCCUACAUUUCGCCUUUGGCUCGGCAAAGACCUCAUGGUAUUUUUCACCGAUCCCGAAGACGUCAAACAGUUGCUGAGUAACAACACCCUGCUAUACAAAUCAGAGAACUAUAAUAUUUUGAGUCCUUGGUUGGGUAAGGGCCUUUUGACUAAUGGUGGUGAAUCGUGGCAUACACGUAGAAAAUUAUUAACUCCAGCUUUUCAUUUUCGUAUAUUAAGUGAAUUUAAAGAACCCAUGGAAGAGAAUUGUAAAAUAUUAGUAAGCAAAUUGAGGGAGAAGGCAAACGGUGAACAAUUUGAUAUAUAUCCUUAUAUAACACUAUUUGCACUGGAUGCCAUUUGUGAAACGGCCAUGGGCAUUAAGAAACAUGCACAAAUGCAAAGUGAAUCGGAGUAUGUGAAGGCGGUACAGAAAAUUUGUCACAUUUUACACAAAAAAUCCUUUUCCUUUUGGCAGCGCAUAAAUAUAUUCUUUAAAUUUACUAAACCUGGAAGGGAAAGAGAUGAGGCUCUUAAAAUUUUACACAAUGAAACAAAUCGUGUUAUUAAAUUAAGGCGUAAACUUUUAGAAGAUUCUCAAAUACACAAUAUGAAUGAUGCCCAAAAAGCCGAUACUAUUGUGGGACAAAAAAGACGUUUAGCUUUUCUCGAUAUGUUGCUGAUCUCUCAAAUGGAAGGAGUACCUCUUAGUGAUCGUGAAAUACGUGAAGAAGUUGAUACCUUUAUGUUUGAGGGUCAUGAUACGACUAGCUCAGCCAUAGGAUUUGCCAUAUAUUUACUCUCCCAACAUGCCGAUGUCCAACAACAGGCCUACGAAGAAGCAAUAGCUCUUGAGGGCCGUGAGAAGGAGGCCAUGCCUUAUUUGGAGGCGGUUAUCAAAGAAACAUUACGUCUUUAUCCCUCAGUACCUUUCUAUUCUCGCCGUAUUACCGAAGAUCUUAAUGUUGGUUCUCUUAUUGUGCCUAAGGAUGCCAGUAUUAGUAUUUUAACUUAUAUGGUACAUCGUGAUGAGAAAAAUUUUCCCGAUCCCGAGAAAUUUGAUCCUUUACGUUUCUUGUCGAAGGAAAAUAAUUUACAUCCCUUUAGUUUUGUAGCCUUUAGUGCUGGUCCCCGUAAUUGUAUUGGACAAAAAUUCGCCAUGUUAGAAUUGAAAUGUUCUUUGUCGUAUCUUUUGCGUAAUUUUGAAUUUUUACCCGUUAAAGAUUUUAAACCACAACCAUUGGCCGAAUUGGUUAUGAAAAGUGGUAAUGGAAUACAGAUUAAAUUGAAGAUGCGUUAGGGAGGUUUUAAUACAUUUAAAAUUUUUUAAUAUAUUUUAAAAUUUAAA